AGCUACAAAGAUGUUAUCCGGAUGGAAGCUAAUUAUAAAAUAAGUGGGAAACUGUUGCUUUUUCCUAUAAAUGGGCACGGGAAAUGUAACAAUACUUUGUACGAAUGUGAAACCGUGUACAACAUGAGGUGCGAAAAGUACACAAAAAAGAAUCAAAAACACAUACGCAUGACAGAUAUUGUGAUCAAACUAAAACCACAAGGAAUUGUUUUUGAUUUUGUGAAUUUAAUCGAUGGGAAUGAACAGUUGAGUAAUGAAGUUCUGAAGACGCUCAACGAAAAUUCGAUGCAAGUGUAUGCAGAUCUGGGUCCUAGUUUUAAUGAAGCCAUAGCGAAGAUCGAGAAGGAAAUUAUCAAUCGAGUGUUUUCUAGAGUGCCAGAGGAUGAGUUGUUUUUGCCAUAGGUUUUUAUUUUCAAUUUUA